ACUAUGUUGGAAAAUGGUGUUUCGUCGAUUGUCAUGUCGAAACAGAAUGCAAUUGCUAAAGAGAUAUUGGAAAUGAUCGAAGAAAUUGUAAAAUAAGUGGACGUAAACAAUGAACGCAGAGUAUAGCAAAGCGUCGGCACACAAGGCAAAAAAAAAUCGUGUUCCGUGGUUAAACGUCAAUUUUCAAUUCCCAACCGUUUCGCAACCCCUCAAGCUAUGGAACCGAUGGUCUUGGGCAGCACGGGGUCGAGCCCGACGUCAGAAAUAAAUCCGCACUUCUUGCCCGGUUAUCUGAUGGGCGACCACCAUCCGCCGUCGAGCCCUAUCGCUUCGCCACCGAGAGCAAACCAGUUGCAGCACUCCAGGCAAGACGACAGUUUCGCCGAGUCGAGAAGCAUACGCCAGAAACUGUUCGGGCAGUCGUUUAACGACACCGCUACGUCGGUAGUGCUGACGCCCACGGUGCCGGAAAAAUCGGGACCUCCGACUACUGGUCUCUUCGACACCAUCGAGCAGGUCAGGAAGCCGACAGUGUUGAGCAGCACAGUGGCUCACCUCAACGAUUCCGUGAACGGAUUCAACGAAAGCUUGUCCCGGAUUCACCCGGAGGAAAGUUUGAACUGCAGCCGGACGUUCAGUCCUUCAUACGUCGAGAAAAUAGAUACUUGUUGGGUGACGGUGUUCGGAUUUCCUCCGAGCAUGCUGAACUUGGUGAUUUCGUGGCUCUCCGAGCAUGGCAAAAUAGUCGACAGGAAAAUGCCGCCGCAGGGUAACUGGGUGCACUUGAAAUUCAGCAACUUCAACGAAGUGGCGAGGGUGUUGGCCUUUAACGGCAAGUGCGUGGGUAAAUUCAUGAUCGGGGUGCAACUGUACCGCGAGAAAAGCGACAAGGAGAACGUGCCGGUGUUUACCACGCCUAGACAGGCGAGGUCCUUGAAACAUUCGUGGGUGUCGCCCCAGGCAGCCCCUAACGCGGUGGUCGCUUCACCGCCGGUACCCCAGAAAUCGACGGGGAUCGUUACCAAGGCCAUAGAAUACGUGUUCGGUUGGUGACGUCAUUCAUUGCGUUUGAACUUGACGUGGAUCGCUGCGGGAUCGUGAUGAGCUCUUACUUUUGUUUGUUUUUUUUCUUAAAUAAAUUUGUUUGAAUUGGCGCGCUGCGAAUGCGGAAAUAUUUGUUAUAUCGGCUCCCGCAGGACACUAGUUAGCGAUGACGUUGGUCGGUCAUUUUGAUUGGUGAAACUGUCGACGUUUUUAACCGAUUUUACAUUGUAAUUUUCUGUGAUUAAAGUUUUUGUGCUUGACUUCGUGGUAAUUUGUCGCAAUUACUACUUCGUAAAUAUCCUAUAUAUGCAAACGAGGCAGUAAGUUACACUAAAAUUUUUCAGAAUAAAAACAAGUACAGAACACGGACAAUAUUAAUAGUAGUUUACGUUAAAAUAGCUUUAUAUUACUUUUCUUCGGUGCCGACUAAAAAUUGUUAGAAAAAAUCGAUUAACGAUAACGGGAUAAUCCGGAUAAUCAACACGAAGUGAGGUUAUUCUUCUUCCUUACUUCUAAUGGGCCCACUACAUAGUGUCAUUCAGCCAGGUUACAAAAAUUGGGUUGGGACGAUUACAAAGACUUCUGUCGGGAGUCUGGGAUGUUCCACGGAGUGAGGUUAGGUCGUUUUUCUUCAUUGCCAAUUGAAAAUUAAAUUGGGUUAGGA